UCUUCUGGGGACUCUGUUUCGCAGCGAACAGGAAAUCGGGGAUGCGCAGUGACAAAGAUGGCUGCGCCCUGCAGAAGAAGCAGGGUAAACUUGUGAUCGCGCAAAAGUGCAUUUUGGAGCAAAAAUUUAUUGCGUAUAUGAAAUCCAACAAGUGGUGCUUGUUCCUGCAAGUCUGUACUAGUUAAAUGAUUUGAAAUACGAGUUAAAACCAAACAAUCGAGCAUUCGGAAUGUGGGUUAAUACUAGAAUGACCUGUGUGUGUUAUUGCUCGCACUGUACUUUGGAGUGACUGAUUUCAGUACUAAUUCAAGUAUAAAUGGACAGUUGGGUAACAACAAACGCUUGCUUCGGUACAGUUUUAUAUCGGACGUGUCAUUAUUUCAGGAGGGAUGACUGUCAAUGUAUGUGACAAUGUGGAUUCAAUUAAAACACAUAGGGUCACAGUGUGUUAUUACCCGUGUUUGGCACCAACACAAACUCUUUAGAAACUAUGAGUGUCUGUGGCGUGUUUCCAGUCGUUUACGGGUGUUUUCAAAUGACUCCAAACGCACGCAUGACAGUCCGUGCUCCUUCGCUAGCAACAGUGCUGUUAAUGGAAACGGUUUGAGGGAAAGACCUCCAUGGAGAAUACUAUUCUUUGGGACAGACGAAUUUGCCGUGGAGUCUUUGAAAGCUCUUACCUUGUCAAGAGAUAGCAGCCCCAAAACAGCUGUGGAUACUCUUGAAGUUGUCACGUUGCCAGCUGUCCUCUCUAAAGAACUGCCUGUGAGAAGAUUCGCAAGCCAGAAUGAGCUUCCCAUCCAUGACUGGCCACACAUUGGCCCAUGUGAACAGUUCCAUGUGGGUGUGGUGGUGUCAUUUGGAUGUCUUCUGCCAGAGGAUCUCAUCCUCAAAUUUCCAUAUGGCAUAUUGAACGUCCAUCCCAGUCUUCUUCCGAGGUGGCGUGGACCUGCUCCAGUGUUCCACACUGUUCUAAAUGGGGACACUGAGACUGGGGUCACCAUCAUGCAGAUUAGACCGAAAAGGUUUGAUGUGGGUCCAAUUCUGAUUCAGGACAAGUGCCUGGUUCAGCCACAUUGCACAGCCCAGGAGCUUGGGGCAACUCUUGCCAAAAUGGGUGCAAAAAUGCUAAUUUCAACUCUGGAAAAUUUACCAGAAAGAAUACAGAAUAAAAAGGAACAGUCAAAGCAAGGGGCAACUUUUGCUCCUAAGAUCAGUGUGGAUAUGAGCUGGGUAAACUGGGAGGACCAAUCCUGUGAUCAGAUUGGACGACUGUUCCAGGCAAUCGGAUCCAGGAUCUCAUUGAGAACGCAGUGGAUGGGAGACACAAUAAAACUGCUAGAUUUCGUAGGAAAGAAUGAAAUUCCGGUUGUUUCAGAAUCUGAACGGCAAAGACAACCAACCCCUGGGUCCUUAUUGUAUCACAAGGAGUCAAACACACUACUGGUUUGCUGUAAGGAUGGCUGGGUGGGGUUCAGAGCAGUGAAAUUGAAGAAGAGGCUUUCAGCAGCAGAUUUCUACAAUGGCUAUCUCCAUCAGUAUUUUCUAAGAAAAUCAGAAAGGCAGCAAAGAGAGUGUGUUUUCCAAACGUACAAACCAGAACCCAAAGACGUGAAAAAAAGAAAGCUGCACCAGCAGGUCUAAAACAUGCCACACACCAAGAGGAAGAGCCCUUUAGGAGUGUAGCGUGGGUAAAUAUGUGUAGUGUUAACUGCUCUGAAAAUUAAAUAUUUUUUCUUACAAAAACACCAUUUCUACUUGUUUGUAAUACAGAUAUACAAAUCUGAAACACAUGCAUGUAUUAAUUAUAUAAAAUUAAUUUUUUAAUUAAAUAUUUAGUAGCAACAGACAAAACAAAGAACUUUAAAAUGUUCUUGUGAUGUAGUUACAUU